UCGAUGGUUGCGUGUUGUGCGCGAUGAAUUUGACACGCGCGGCCCAACGCAGCCUCAAGGAAUUCAGCGUCCGCAGGCUCUUCUUGCUGGCGCUCACUUGGUGGAUGCUGGUCUACGUCUUCUCGAGGUAUUCGACCUUGACUAAGUGCGUACCUCCCGACCCAACGACAGGUAAUCUACUGAGAGAAAUCAUCAUAAGAGAUCAGAACUCACGGUUCACAGAAACUAUGGAUAGGCCAGCUAACACCGCCAGCAUGUUCAACCUCCUCGCUGCAGAACCUCUGGUUGACAACUCACACUCUCUGUCCGACUCAGAGUUCGCAGAGAUUCUGCAGAAGAAAGUACCUAACUUGCCUAUCAGAUACUGGCAAGCCUUAAACAACAAUUACCCCUCCAUGAACAGUACUUGUGCUCUGUUCCCAUCCCUCUUUGAUUUACAAUUUAAUAAUGUAUACUGGCAGACUAUGGAGACCUCUAAUGGGACCUUCUACCUUUACGGAGCGUACUAUGAUAACAGAACCCUAGUUGCCGGGAAGCCUGCGGUGAGGAUGCUCGGCAUGAUCAACAGAAUUGACCCAGAAGUAAAAACGACAUGUCAGUUGUGGUUUAAAGAGUUAAAUGCUCCUGUUUUUGCAUCAGUAUUCGAGUACCGGUACGUUUGGAUCAAAGAAUGGGGGAAUCACAGGAAUGGAAUAGUUCAGCCUUACUUGGUGUCUUGUCAUAUCCCAGUUGGAUACCGCCAUCUUGUACCAGAAUCAGUGUCUUUAGUCGAAAAGCCGUGCGAUAUUGCUGUCACUAAUUUAAGAGUAAUUUACAACGUACCUGAAGAUAAGAAGCGAGGUGAAUUUGCAGUUUGCGUGAAGGGCCUUGAUUUCCUGAACAAAGAUUUCAGUGUGAGGCUCGUGGAGUGGCUGGAAACUCUGCACCACCUUGGGGCCGAGAAGAUAUUCCUUUACCAGCUGGAAAUCCAUCCGAACAUUACGAAAGUCUUAAAACACUACGAAGAACUAGGGUUGGUGGAUGUGACACCCAUUACUCUGCCGGCAUACCAACCCAAUAUCAAAGGACUCAGACACAUGUACCUGCUGAACAGAGUCACGAACCAAUAUCAGAACGAGCUGAUACCUUACAAUGACUGCCUAUACAAGAACAUGUAUAGAUAUAAGCACAUAGCACUGCUCGACAUCGACGAGAUUAUCAUGCCUAAAGGAAAUAAUAUUCUAUGGAAAGACCUACUUGAAAAUGUUGUUAAAAAAGCGUUGGAAAAGGAAAAAAUCGAAUAUUCAUCGUUUGACGUACGCAAUGUCUAUUUUUUUGACACUCACGAACAAAACGACGUAGGUCACGCACGCUUUGGAGACAUACCUCGAUACAUGCACAUGUUUCAGCACGUUUACCGAGCAAAGAACCACACGCAACCUGGCUAUUACAUAAAGUGCUUCCAUAAUCCCGAGCGGGUGUUGACUUUACAUAACCAUUAUCCGCUCUCUUGUCUCAACGUGCCUUGUAUAUCGUAUUCAAUCGACAUAGAAGACGCCCAACUCCAACACUACCGCGCAGACUGCGUGGCAGAACUCAUGGGUAUGUGUGCUGAAUACAGAAACUCCACAGUACGCGACGACACCAUCUGGAGGCUUAAGAACCCUGUUAUAUCCAAAGUUACUGAUAGCCUUGUCAAGCUAGGGUUCUUUCAGUGAGACUUAGGUUCUGGUAGUGGCAAUAAGACCCCAUCACAUACAGGCUUAGUGACAGCCUUAUCAAGCUAGACUUCUUUCAGUAAGACUCUGGGUCUGAUAGGGU